UUCCAGCACCUAAGCACUUGACGCUCGAAAGACAGCUGAAUAAAAGUGUGCUCAUUGGCUGGUCACCACCAGAACCGGUUGGUUACAAUCUCAUUGAUAGCUAUCAUGUCUACGUGGAUGGCGUACUGAAAGUAACGGUAAAGGCAAACGAGCGAACACGAGCGCUCAUCGAGGGUGUGGACUCGAAUAGGCCGCAUCGCAUCAGCGUCCGUAGUGUUACACAAAAUCGUCAGACAUCACGUGAUGCCGCUUGUACUAUGAUAAUCGGACGCGAUACCUCGCAUUUGGGUCCAUCAGCGGUACGCGCUUCACAUAUAACGUGUUCAUCGGCUGUAAUUUCAUGGCUGCCGGCUAACUCUAAUCAUCAGCACGUGGUGUGCGUGAAUAAUGUUGAAGUGCGCACAGUGAAGCCAGGCGUCUAUCGGCACACCAUUACCGGGCUGGCCCCGAGCACACAAUAUCGGGUCACUGUACGCGCUAAGCACUUACGCGCACCAGGUGGACAACAAACACCAGGACGUCCGCAAGAAGAGGCACCGGGUGCGUAUGCCGAUUUCCGCACGUUGACUAAGGGUUUGCCCGAUCCGCCACAGGAUAUCCAACUUGAGGCUGGUCCUCAAGAUGGUACCAUUCUGGUGACAUGGCAGCCGGUUAACCGGCCAACUUCUUCUGGCCCCGUAACCGGCUAUGCUGUGUACGCCGAUGGUAAAAAAGUGACGGACAUUAAUUCACCAACUGGGGAUCAUGCGCUCAUCGAUAUCGGCAAAUUGGGCGUAUUUAACCCACGUGCGGUCACCAUACGCACCAAAUCGCGGGACGCACAAUCGGCUGAUAGUGCGCCGAUACUAAUACCAA